GCUGCCAUUUUUUUGGUUCAAUUAUGAAAAAGAGACUAUACACAAAAUAAAAAGUUUCUGUUCAUCAGGUAUGACAGGUCUUCUCGAUUCUAUUGUUUUACAAACUAAUAACAAUAUAAAAUAAACGAGUGUAAAUAUGAAUUCAGUGAAUUAGGUUUCAAACCCAACUGGUGAAAUGCCUACACAAGUCUACUCGCAAAUCCAUUUAUCCGACUCAGACAAAAAGCUUGGUAGUUUUAACUUUAAAGCACGCAAUUGAAACAAAUUUACUAUGUGUUGAAAUUCUUAUUUUAUUUAAAAUUUAAUUCAAAGGAAAUCACGUAACGUAGAAGAAUGAGAUUUUAAGCGUAUAAUGUUUUCUUUUGAAACAUAACCUUGACCUUUUUCAAAAAGUAAAAGGAAUCCACUACACCCUAUUUUAUUUAAAUUAUAUCAUUUUACCUUGAUAAAGAAAUGUAAUUAACAAGGCACUAAAUCCAGUUAUGAGAACUAUCAUCACUUCCCAGACUCCCAGUUCCCACCAUUUCAUGCUACAUCACUCAACUGUCAAACCCACGUCACCAUAUUUCCUGUCUGUCUUCUUCAUUCUCUUUUGUUCUUACAUUGCAACUCACCAUUUUGUUGAGAUAAAGAUAACACAAGCUCAUUCUCACCACUCUGGAAAAAGCUGCUAGUUUUCUUUUAUCCUGAGAAUAAUUUUCUUGAAUUUGUCAUGCCAAAAAGAAAAAGAACAAAGACUAAAGCUGAGAAUUUUUAUUUUAAGUUGAUAUCCUUUUGAUCAAAGCAUCUAUUUCAAAUCCAUUACCUCCAGUCUCUUUUAUCUUAUGUUUGUUUCCACAUAUUUCACUUUACUUUCCUUUGAAUUUGAAAUGUCUUCCUUUUGCAUGGUACAUCCAUAUAUGCUUUAACCAUAUCUUGUUCAUUGCUGCAAAUAAUGCUCAGUGUUUGAGUAUUUAAAUUCAUAUCAAGACUUAACGGUUGACAAAAUGCGAGAAAUUUACAUGUUUUCUGUGAUUUUCUUGACGGGGUUCUUGGUUUUUAAAGGGGAGGCUACUCUUGUUGACAGUGAUAAGAAAGCAUUGCUCAAUUUUUUGAGUAAUGUUUCUCAUUCUCGAUUCAUAAACUGGAAUGAACAAAGUCCUGUAUGUAAAAAUUGGACAGGAGUAACAUGCAGUGAAGACGGGGCUCGAGUGAUAGCUGUUCGGUUGCCUGGAGUUGGUUUUUAUGGUCCAAUUCCUGUGAAUACUCUCAGUCAUCUCUCAGCAUUGCAGAUUCUGAGCCUUAGAUCAAAUGCUAUUUCUGGGCCUUUUCCCUUCGAUUUGUUGAGUCUUAAAAACUUGACCAAUCUGUACCUUCAAUUGAAUAGUUUCUCCGGUCCUCUGCCUUCUAAUUUUUCUGUUUGGAAAAAUCUUGUUAUUGUUGAUUUGUCUAACAAUGGUUUUAAUGGUAGUAUCCCUAGUUCUGUAUCGAAUUUGCAUAAUUUGCAGUUGUUAAACUUGUCGAACAACAAACUGACUGGUAGUCUGCCUAAACCUCUUCAAAGAUUUCCAAAAUCAUGGUUCGUUGGUAAUGAUAUUUCUUUGCCAUAUUCGCCUAUUCAUGGAUUUUCUUCUUCCAUUCCACCACACCCAAAGCCUAAAAGUGCUGGAAAACUAAGCGAGAAAGUGGUAAUAGGAAUUGUUGUUGGUGCUUGUGUUCUUGGGCUUAUUGGAUUCAUAUCUAUGUUGCUCGUAUGCUUUUUGAAGAAAAAAGAUGCGGAUGUCUUUGUCAGCAAGUUGGAGAAAGGGCACAUGACACCAGAGAGGAAAAUUUCACGGAAUGAAGAUGCCAAUAAUAAGUUGGUUUUCUUUGAGGGGUGCAACUAUGUAUUUGAUCUGGAGGAUUUGCUGAGGGCUUCUGCUGUUGUACUGGGAAAGGGCACAUUUGGUAUGGCUUAUAAGGCCAUAUUAGAGGAUGGGAGGUCUGUGGUAGUGAAAAGGUUGAAGGAGGUACGUGUUGGUAAACGAGAAUUCGAGCAGCAAAUGGAACUGGUAGGAAGUAUCAAACAUGAUAAUGUGAUUGAGCUGAGGGCAUAUUAUUACUCCAAAGAUGAGAAGCUUGUGGUAUGUGAUUAUUACUGCCACGGGAGCGUAGCUACAAUGUUGCAUGGUACAAGAGAAGAAGAUAGGAUCCCUCUGAGUUGGAAAACCAGACUAAGGAUUGCAGUUGGUGCAGCGAGAGGCAUUGCACAAAUCCACAGAGAAAAUGGAGGUAAACUUGUCCAUGGCAACAUAAAAUCCUCCAAUAUUCUUAUAAACUCUCAACAAUACGGCUGUGUAUCAGACACUGGUUUGUCAGCCAUAACGAGUCCCCUGGCUCUACCUAUAGCUCGUAAUGCUGGCUACCGAGCUCCAGAAAUAAUAGACACUCGAAAAGCCACACAAGCUUCUGAUGUUUAUAGCUUUGGCGUUUUCCUGCUUGAGCUCCUCACUGCCAAAUCCCCUAUCCACAAUGCAGGAGGCGACGAGGUAAUAUCUCUGGUUCGCUGGGUGACUUCAGUUGUCAAAGAAGAAUGGACAGGAGAAGUGUUUGAUGUGGAACUAAUGAAGUAUCCAAACAUAGAAGAAGAGCUGGUGGAACUACUACAGAUAGCAAUGUCAUGUGUAGUAAGAUUUCCAGAGCAGAGGCCUAAGAUGUUGGAGGUUGUCGAAAUGAUUGAAAAUAUUAGGCCAGGCGCCACUGGAAACCCGGGAUCUUUCGAAGCCAAAUCUGAAACUUCUACACCAACUCCAUUGCUAGCUGCCACCAAUGGUCUGAAAUGAGUGACAUACUUGUAUUUCUGUGACCUGUUUUUAUGUUUCUUUAGCUGCUUCUGCUUUUCACAAACUCAGUGAACAAAAUUUAGGCAGAUGUAUUUGUAUUCAGUUGUGGCUUGCUUAGGUAGCUUUUGGUGUGGUUUGUAUUUGUAUUACACUAUCACUUUGGCUCUGUUUGGUUGGCAUGAAUGGAAUGGAUCUUGGACAGAAUGGAAUGAUCCAUUCAGCCCAACAAAAAAAAUUGCUGUUUGGUUGGGCCAAAGGAAUGGAAUGGUCCAUUCUUUAACUCAUUCCAUUCUGGAGCAUUGUUUUAUAUUCUUUUCCUGCUGAAAACGGUGGGAUAAGCCCAUUCUAAUCUCUCGGCUAAAACAAAAAAACACGCUCGAAGCAUCCGAUCGAGCUUCAGACUCUCGCUAUUCAGGCAAGGACGAUUCAAACUCUCGCAUCUUCGACUCCGCCGAUUUCAAUAAGCUCAAAAUCCGAUCGACGCAUUUCAGCGAUUCACUUUACCAUUUGCAACCAUUUUGAAACCUAAAUCAAUCUGAGCAUACUGGUGUUCGAUAAAAAGCCUCUAACAACUAUAUGAUGAAUUACAGCAAUGGCAAGACUUUCACUAACUAAAAGCCAUAAAGCAGAAGAAACUUUUCAUGAUAGAUUACCAUGAUUUGCUACUACCAUAUGUGAAGAAAGUGAGGCAGAUAAAAGGGACAUCUCUAUAUGGAUCAAGGGCCUUGUUUUUUCUAACUCCUAUUGGCACAUUGAAGCCAGUAGCCAUUGAGCUUGUCCGAUCUCCAAUGAAUGGGAAACCUCAGUGGAAGAAAGCAUAUUCUCCAGGGUUUGAUGCGACUAGUGUUUGGCUUGGAAGCUCGCUAAAGCUCAUUUAUUGGCACAUGACUCUGGUUUUCAUCAGCUUGUUAGUCACUGCCAGAUCUGCAUCUUUGACUGAAUGCGGCUUCAUCUUAAAUUUCUGAUAUUGUUCAGAGUGCUUUAUUCCCUGAUGCUGGCUUGGAAAGUGAUCUUGGUCAUGCUGGAGAAGUGGCAAGGCUAGUAAUAGUUCAAAAUCUUGACCUUUUCUUGGAGAAAUUUUGUAUUUUAUUUGUAAAUUAUGAAGGAGAAUUAGUAGUGGCGAAAGUUUGGUUUUUUGUAAAUUUUUAAUAUUUAUUAUAGUUGAUUUAGGUACUACUAAUUCGUGUAAUGAAAUGUGAAGUAUGCUAUUGACAUGAAAUUAAUCCAUUUGUCUAUUUGAUUUAUAAA